GUAUCUGUGUGUGUGGGGGUUGCGAGGGGGAACGCCGACUGGUGUAAGGAUCUGUUGGUGUGAGAGGGAGAGGGGGAGAGGGGGAGCAGUCGGUCGGGGGGUCCAAUCCAAUCCGUUGUAUUCAGCCUUUUCUUUGGAUGUUUUCAACCCAUUUGAGGGGAAGGGCUUUCGCCUUUGAAAUGGACAAAUAGCCCGUGACACCGCGGCGCUGUGUGCAUUACCGACACUGGUGGCGGACAGAGAGAGACAGAGACAGAGAGAGGGAGAGAGGGAGAGUGUAGAAGGGGAAACACCCUCCAGAAACCCUCCCCAAACCCCAGUGCUGCCGUCAGAGCCGUCACCGCCGCCAGGACCAGGAGGUGGGGGUUCAAUAUGGUACCGAAACGGAUUUAAGAUUAGGAUCGAAAAGGAGAGAGAGAUACAGAGAGAGGAUUUGGUUAAGAGAGAGAGAGAGAGGAGAUAGAGAGAUAGCGAGAGAGAGAGAGAGAGAGAGAGAGGGGAUUUGUUUAAUCGCCACUGAGUACCUGGAGUUGGGUACAGUCGGUGUGGAGCUCAGAGCUGGAGUUUGGGGACAUUCGCACACAACCCACACACGCGGGAGUCUGCGCUGUUCGAAAGCAAUUGGAAACCCCUUUUCCUUCCUUGAAUUCAUCGGUUUUUUUUUGCAACUUCUGACCAAGGAGAGGAAGGAGGAAAAAAAACAAGUGUGGAGGAAGGAGGCGUUAGGAACCACUCUGUGGGUAAGACUUAGGACUUGGUUGGACACCAAUAUGACUUGGGUGUCGUCUGAAACCUUGUGAUAGAUAAGUCAAUCGACCUUUUCUUUUCAAGAAAGAUACAAAAGGUUUAACUUUUUUUAAAAAGAGGGGGAGAAAUCCACACCCCCCCCUCUCUCUCCUGAUAUUAAAUCCUCAUUUUAAAAAAAACAUUUUAAAAAAUGGCCAGAAAUUCUCUGGAUGGAUCCAAAGAGGACCUGAGCCAGGUGACGGACGAUGAGUUGACAAGAUGGAGCAAAGAGGAUCUGAUCAGGAGCCUGAGGCGAGUGGAGGGUGAGAGGCUUCACUACAUGGCGGAGCACGGACACCUGAUCAAGGACGUGAACCGCCGGCUCCAGCUUCACCUGCACGAGAUCCGGAGCCUCAAGGAGGUCAACCAGAGGCUGCAGAACGACAACCAGGAGCUGCGGGAGCUGUGCUGCUUCCUGGACGACGACCGACAGAAGGGCAGGAAGCUGUCCCGCGAGUGGCAGCGAUUCGGCCGUUUCACGGCUGGGGCGAUGUCCAAGGAGGUGGGCGUCUCCCAGCACAAGCUGCGAGAGCUGGAGGCCAAGCAGGACCUGCUGGUCAAGGAGAACCUGGAACUCAAGGAGAUAGUCCUGAUGAUGGACGAAGAGAGGAAUGACGCGGGCAGCAGGAGCUCCAUCGACAGCCAGACCAGCCUGACUAACCUGAGCGGGGGCUCGGGGGCUCGGGACGUGGGGGAUGGCAGCAGCACCUCCAGCGCAGGGAGCACAGGCAGCCCCGACCAUCACCACAAAGUGGCCGAAAAGGCGUCCGCCAUCAAGAGGUCCAUGGACGAUCUCUCAGGACCUCCUCAUCACAGGAGCACCUCCAGUGUGCUCAAUGAUCCAGCCUCCACCUACAUCAGACAACUGGAAAACAAGGUCAAACUGCUGGAGGAAGACAACAAGGUCUUGUCUCAUCACUCGAGCACUUGUGAUCUGAAGGGGAUUCGCAAGUCCUUCUCCGCUCCGUUCCAGCCGGAACCUCAGCAUUUGUCUCCGCUGCUGCCUCCCUUCCAAGAGCCUGUACAGAACGGAGGUUCUCGGCUGCUGCCUGGAGAGCACAGCCCCUCAGUGACGCCCGGAUUCCUGCCGUCAUCCCAGAAGCCAGAGGCUGUGGUCCACGCUAUGAAGGUGCUGGAGGUGCACGAGAAUCUGGACAGGCAGUUGCCAGACGACUAUGACCAGGAUGAUCUGAGUGAGAAGGAGAAAGCCAUCGUCCGGGAAAUGUGUAACGUGGUUUGGCGUAAGCUGGGAGACGCGGCUGGUUCGAAUCCCUCCAUCAGGCAGCACCUCUCAGGUAAUCAGUUCAAGGGACCGUUAUAGUGUUGGCCGGGGGCAGAAGGCCACGGCCUCGGACACCAGACCAGGAGGACACACGGCAAUCAUCACCACCUGAUCCCACCCGAAAAUUACACCUGAGCAACACAUCACUUCUGACCACCGACUCCACCUGAUGACCGACUGUUUCUGGGUGCAAACGGCCACUGCCCCCUUGUGGCUGAAUGUGGACAGGACAUUCCCCACUCUGCGGCACCCGCCCAUGCUAUGUAAAUGUCACUGACUGUGUGUGUGUGUGUGCGCGUGUGGUGUGUGUGUGUGUGCGUGUGGUGUGUGUGCGUGUGGUGUGUGCGGCUGGUUAAGGUGACCCGCACAGUGAGGCAAUACAGAGGGUCAUCUGAAUAGGCACAUCUUUGGAUGAUUUUUCUGACAGAUCUUGCCUUCCUUUCUCCCUUCCCACGUGAAUGAUCGAGGUGACUGUUCUGGACUGUAUUCUCCUUUGGACACAGUGGUUUCUGACUAAGUACAUGGAAUGGGCAACAGCACCAGAGGCAUUUCAGUUCCUUUCAAACAAACGCUGUAAUUAAUUAAAUGAAGCUUAACAUCAGGGCCUGGCUAGACAUGCCACCUAUAUUUCAAACGCUCUUGGGACUUUACCCUGCGUGAGGGACACUAUGUAAAUACAAGUUGUUGUUUUUGUGGACUCGGAUGUGGACUCAGUCUGUGUCCGACAUUAACACAGGGUUUAAUUUCAAGGCAGUUACGAGAGCAGCUUUGGGUUAUCCAGCUCGCAGUGUCGGAGCAGGUGAUAGUUGAUGCCAGGGAUUUCCAGUGUCGAGAAGAGUUAAGAUGAAAGACUCAUUCCAGACAUGGGGAAAACUUCCACGUAUGAGCAGUACAUCCGCAUGUGUGGAACUCUCAGUCUGGUUUGGAGACUCUAAGCACGGAGCCCGCUUUCCGCAUUUGUCAAAACACUUGGCCGACCAAACAAAACGUUGUUAGCCAAAUUAUUGAUUUUAAAAAAAGCAGUUUGCUCUAAAACAAUGAGUUUUCCUUGAAGGGCACCGGUCUUCCCUCCUCUGGUGUUUUCUAAUUUGCAACAUUCACAAGAUGGAUUCCUUGCGUGGAUUGGGAUUUGAGUAGUGUUGCAAGGAACCCGUCUGACAAAUUCUGGUCAUAGUGUGAUAUCGGUUAAUGUUACAAUUAACAUUAAUUAACCGUUAACACUUCAUACAUCUGAUUUUGUGCAGAGCUAAGACUGGACCCUGCAUUCCUCACAUGACUGUUGAUGUUUUUAUAAGGCAUCGCGGACCUUGGCUUCCACUUGAGCAAUAUAAGAACCCUUUAACCCCCCCCCGUUUCCCUUUAGAACCACUCCCCGACUGGGACUCCACAGAGGCAGAAACAAAAGCUGCUUGUCAUGGCAACAAAUGUUUCUGACAAAAGGAAGCAGCCAAUGUAACCCGGCAACCUGACUCUUAAAGACUGAAAGAACAAGCUAACACAGGGCCGUCCUAUACCAAGGGCAGAGAAAGGGUUCCACAUAGUUCCCAACACUCCCCUCACUGAGGACAUCACUCCCCUCACUGAGGACUCCCCUCGAUCAGUUAUUUUCAUCCUGGUUUGUGAGUGUGGUUGGUUUGUGGUGAGGCAUGAGCGACGUACUCGUGAGAAGGUGUUAUAUCAAAUGCAGGGAUUAUUAUUAUCCCCACAUCUGCCGUAGAGAUCGUAAGAUGCUCACUCUUAUUGCAGUGAUGGCUGCUAUGUGCUGAGUUACGUUAAGUGCAGGUAUGUGCUAUUUUAGUUUGACCUCGGCUCCCUGGUUAGAGAAGGGGAAAGGCUUGACCCCAGGGGUUCCCUUGACCCCGACUGACAACCAAGGCUAGAGGUUGAGGUGGACAAAACUGGGCUGCGAUGUGGAUCAGCAGUGAAGCUCCACUAGGGCGACGGGGAGGGAAGAGGAAAAAGGACUCGAGAACAAAAGUAAACUUUAUUUUAGAAGUUGAGUCUCUGGGAUAAAUGGAAGGAAUAUUUUUAUUUUGUUUGCACAAUGGAGAAAAGCUUAACUGGAAUCUUGAUUUGUUUAUACUUCAGCAACCGUGUAUUAUAUUACUCUUUUACUGCUCGCAAAAACUCUUGUAAUCCCUCUCUAGAGAGAGUGCAAACCCCUUCAGCUUGUACACUGUAAUAUAAGGAGCGCGACACUGGAUAAGAGGAGAGAGACACUGGAUGGGAGGGACAGGAGGGGAUUUUCCUCCUGCUCCCCCCACACCACCCAUUUCCAAUUUUAAAAAAAAAGUAUAAUUUUUUUUACCCCCUAAACUAUCACAACCCCUACUUGAUCGAUCAUGUUAUGGUGAGGUGGGGGGUAAGGAGGUGGGUGUGGGAUUGCUUUGUUGAUAAUUCACUGAUGAUGUUGUCUUAAUUGCUCUAAAAGUUUCUCAAUUUGGGUGACAAUGAUGGUCAGGAUUUUGUUGAUAACAAUUGAUUUUUAUAUAUCUAUAUAUAUAGACACACACUCAUUCACACAUACAAAGUGGUAGAAAUUCCACCUGGGUUAAUCUGCAGUCUCUCACAUUACACUAAUUCCUGAAGUGUAGCCACAGUGUAUUUUUAUGGGUGAAUGUGGCAGCUAAUUUACUCAUAGCGACAUCUCACAAACAGCCAUUAAAGGGUGUCCUUGAUGAGAAUUAAAGACCCAAUUGUACAGAAAAAGAAGCCAGGACAGUAUUCCAAGUAAAGAAAGAUGAAUGUGACUUUUAGUUGAAAUGCGUAGAGUCUACGUAAUUGCUGUUUUAUUUUUAAAUCCCAAAAUGUUCACGAGAAGGAUUUCUGCAUUUUUGUUGUUGUUAAAAAUCCUUAUUAUUUUGUUCUGAUGUUUGGUCAAGAGUUUGCAGUUUGUACCGAUUGUAUCUGUGGUCAUGGAAGUAUUUCUGUGACAUUUACAAACAAAAAAACAGCAACACACAUAGAUAGACACCCACACAAGCAAUUUGCCUUUUUAAAAAUAAAACUAUAGAACUAAAUCACAAGGGAAGGGUGGGGAUGAAUAUUUUUUGAAGUGGAAAAAUGCUGAUUUUUUUUCAGGGUAAUGGUUCUUAAGAUGAUUUUGUGUGUGUGAGGGAGGGGGGAGGACAGGGUCGCUGAACCCCACCACACGUGAAAUUGCAUCAGUUCAAAGUAGCCUAAAGCUGUGACUGUGAAGUGAACUAUUUUUGCUAAGGUUGGCAAACGACUGUGUUAAUACUUUUUGUGCAGUUCCGCUGUGGAACGUGUCUCUGGCGAGGAUUCCUGUUGUAUUUUUACCUGCUGUUUUACUGUGUAAAGACAAAAUAUGACUACGCACCGCUCCGUUUUACUGCUGUUUAUGUACAUAGAAGUGAGCGCGUGUUUAUCCCGUCCGUGAAAUGGCAGCAUUUAAAACACAACCACACACCCACAACCACCACCUCAAAGAUUAUAUAAUUUUUUUAAAAAAAUAACAAUUUAGCUUUGAAUAUUUUAGUAUAUGAAGUAAAAGUCUAGUAGGAAAAGUUACUUAGCUGACGUUAACAAAAAUAAAAUUUAUGGUUUUCUUUUA